GUGGGUGUUCCUCUGUUCAUCAACAAGACAGUGGGGGACUCCGUGGAGCUGCUGGCAGGCUUAGAGCGGGGACAUUUCAUAUCAUUGCAGUGGAAGUAUAGAGGAAAGGAUAUUGUAGAAGUCAACUCAGAAGUUGUAUAUUCACCUGGAUCCCAGUUCGAGGGGAGACUAAAGAUGAACAACAAAAACUUUAGUUUAACGGUCAGAGAACUGCCACUGCAAGACUCAGGGGAUUUUCUAGUUAUAGGCGAAGGGGACAAAGGUCAGAUUGGCGGUAGGACCAUCACUCUGAAGGUCAACCGUAGGCUGUUAUCACCUUUUUUCAUCCUAUUUUGAUAUCAUUCUAAUUUAUAUCCAAGACCACGGCUGAUUAUCUUUAAACUAUAAUGAAGAUUUGUUGGUUUUAUACUGACCUUACUCGCCAUGCUUUGAUACAUUUCCAUCACAUUAACAAGUUUUAUCCUCUGUCGUCUUUCUCCUGGUGGUAUGGCUAUGGUAGGGAUCAUUUAGAAGACUGAUUAUGUGUCUCUAUCUCUCUCCUGGUUGGUCAGAGCCUAUAUCCAAGGUGGUGAUCCAGACAGACAUCAUGCUAUUGGCCAACCACUCCUGUAUGGUGCGGCUGGUGUGCAACGUGUCCUGCUACUCCAACCUUACAUACACCUGGGAGAGAGACAACGAGAUGUACGGGGACGCCCAGCAGAUUCACCUCUCUCUCUCUCCUGCAGAGAGAGUCAUCAUUGUAACAUGCAACGCCUCCAACCUAGUCAGUUGGAAAUCUGCCUUUGUGACAGUAAAGUGUAGUAAUGACAAAACCGCCCCAGGUACCUAGAUAUCAUAAUAAUCCCUUCCAUACACUUUUCAGUGUGCUUAUAUGCUUAUGUUGUCAAAUAUAAUAUAUAAUGCUUGUGAUUACAUUGGAAGUGUAUGAUAUAGAGCCAUUUAGUCUUUAUCAUAUUGUAUCGUCUAAUCAUGUGUGUUGUACAAUGUGUGACAGGGAUGGCAUGGUACACCAACUACAUCAGAGUAUCAGUAGGAGGCGCUGUGGUGCUUAUCCUCACUGUAGGUGUGGCAGUGUGCUACUGCAGGGGCCGCAGUAACCCAGAU